AUGGUUGAUAAAGUUGAUUAUUCCCAAUGGUCUAAAGAGGAACUAGUUGCCAAAGUGUUGGAGUUGGAGAGACAAGUUGUCAAGCCAAAAGAACCUAAGAAAUUGAAAAGACAAAACCCAUUUGAUUUCAGUAAAUACAACACCAGGUUCAUUGCCCUAAAGUUUUCAUAUUUGGGGUGGAAUUACAAUGGAUUAGCUAUACAGAAGGAACCUACGCCGUUGCCUACAGUGGAAGGUACGAUACUUGAGGCCAUGAACAAGUGUAAACUAGUUCCAUCAAUGAAUCCUAAUGAAUUCAAAUUUAGUAGGUGUGGGAGAACUGAUAAAGGUGUUAGUGCCUUGAAUCAAGUGAUUUCAUUAAAUGUUAGAUCAAAUUUAUCACCAGAGGAGCAAAUAGAUCCGAUCAAUGAUUCUAAAGAGAUUGAUUAUUUGAACAUCUUGAACAAUAUUUUACCAGCAGAUAUCAAGAUUCAUGCAGUUUCAUUAAGACCACCAAAGAACUUUGAUGCAAGAUUCAGUUGUAAUUCACGUCAUUAUAAAUAUAUUUUCCAUAAAAGAGGGUUAAAUUUGGAAUUAAUGUCUCAAGCUGCCCAAUUAUAUGAAGGUGCCCAUGAUUUUAGAAAUUUUUGUAAAUUAGAUGGUUCAAAACAGAUAACUAAUUAUGAAAGAACAAUUAUCCGCUCACAAAUAAUACCUAUAAAUGAUGAGUUCAUGUGUUUUGACUUGGAAGGAUCAGCGUUUUUAUGGCAUCAAGUUAGAAAUAUGAUUGCAAUUUUAUUUCUUGUGGGACAAGAAUUAGAAUCACCUCAAGUUGUAUUAGACUUGAUGGAUAUCAACAAGACACCAACUAGACCAUUGUUUGAUAUGGGAUCAGAUAUCCCCUUAAUCUUGUAUGAUUGUAAGUUCCCACCAAUUGAAUGGAAACAACCUCCAGUUUGUGUCAAGGCGGAAAAGACCGUGACUAGUACUUACUCAACAUGGGUUCAAACACAAAUUAAAUCACAAGUUGCAAGAUAUAUGUAUGAAUUGUUUCAUGAUAAUCUAGACGUUGAUGAGUUUGAUAAAGAGAUGAAGAGAACUAGAGUUAAUUUAGGUGAUGGUAAGGGGAAAAUCAGUGCUGAUUAUAUCCCAUUAAGUAAAAGGGAAAGACAAGAAGGUUAUGAAGUGAUUAAUGAGAGAUGGACAAAGAAGCGUAAAUUAGAUAAAUAG